AUGACAACAGUGGCGGAAUUUAUCCACUUAGAUGGAACCCGAGUGACUGAGAAGAUCAUUGGAGUAGGAGGAACUGGCAUCGUGGUCCAGCACGGACAGCAAGCGAUCAAAAUACCUCGACUCUCCAGGGAAUUCGGAACCGAUGGACGACCUCUGCUCGAUGAGAGCCUACCUCCUAAGGAAGGCGACUAUGAUGUACGAUCCGGGCUUCUCCUUUCACUACAGCAAGAAAAAGCUAUCUACAGACGUCUAGGCGACCACCACGGGAUCGUCCGCUGCCACAAUCUGUCAUCCGCUGAUCCCUCGAUUAUGAUGGAGUUCAUGGUGAAUGGUGACCUCCGCCAUUACUUGUCUCAACACUCAAAUCCUGGAGAAGGUCAAAUAUUAUCAUGGCUGACAACAAUUGCACAAACGCUGGCAUAUAUCCACGACCGACGUAUCAUAUUGGCCGAUAUCCGCUUAGACAACUUUUUACUCGACAAGCAACUGGCCAUUCGAUUUACCGACUUUGGUCAAUCAACAUUGAUGCCCCUCGACUGGGAUCUUCGUGGCUGUGACGACGAUGGUUAUUCCGUCAUGACUGACUUGGGCCAACUUGGUGCGGUGAUCUUCGAGAUUGCAACGGGUCAAAGUUGUAAAUUUGAUUUUGUACAGGAUCUGGCAGGGGACUCGACAUCUUGGACGCAUCGAAGCUCUCUGCCAUUGACGAGUGCAGUUUGGCUGGGCGAGGUCAUCGAGAAAUGCUGGACUCAAGUUUUCAGAUCUGCGGAAGCAUUAGCCACAGAGCUGGAGGUCCUCAUGCAACAGCUGAUUGAAAAGGACAAUUGA